AUGUCACUCAAGGAACCUCAGAUUCGAACUUCAGUCAUAAAUGAAACUGAAAAGAUAAGUUCUCACUAUCCAACUAAAUGUCAAUAUUACUUCAAAUAUGAAUCAGAACAACCAUCAGGAAGCUUCAAACUGCGAGGAAUUGGUCAUUUCAUUGGAAAUCAAAUAGACAAGAGCAGAAAAGAAGGUUUCCAAGAUGUCCAUGUGUUUUCAUCAUCUGGUGGUAAUGCUGGGUUAGCUGCUGCAUUCGCCUCCAAGUAUUAUAAUGUUCCGUGUACUGUUGUUCUACCUAAACUAUCCUAUAAACCAUCAGUUGCCGCUAAGCUAGAGUCUUAUGGUGCAACAGUUCUUAUCAAAGGUGAACAUUGGGGUGAAGCUAAUGCAUUUCUUCAAACAUAUGCCACGGAAGAUAAAUCUAAAGGUCAAUACCCAAUUCUUUGUCACCCAUUUGAUCAUCCUUUAAUAUGGGAGGGCCAUUCUACUAUGAUCGAUGAGAUUGUACAAGAAUUGGGGUCUGGAAAGUUAGCAAAACUGAAAGGUAUCGUUUGUUCAGUUGGAGGAGGUGGAUUAUAUUGUGGGAUAGUUGAAGGAUUGAAAAGAAACAAUUUGAAUAAUGUAACAGUAUUAGCCGUUGAAACUAAACCAGCACCAACAUUUAGUAAAGCUAUUGAAGCCAAUAAUGUUGUUACUUUGGAGAGUGUAAAGACUAUUGCAACUUCUUUAGCGUCUCCACAUAUUGCAUCAGAAGCAUUGAAGAAUUACAACUCACAUCCAACAAAAGUUGAAUUGAUGGAUGAUUCAUAUGCUGUGCAGGGGACAAUUGAUUAUUAUGAAAUCUUUAACAAAGUUACUGAACCAGCUUGUGGUAUUACAAUUGCAACUGCUUUAUCUAGAUCAAUUUUAUUAGAACAACAUUUUGGUCAAUUGGAGAGUGAUGACAUUGUGGUUUUCGUUGUUUGUGGUGGAUCUGUCUAUACAGAGGAUGAUGUGAAGGAUUUAAUAGUUAGGUAUAGACAUAUAAGCUAG